GGCUGCAACUCCAACAUGGCGGCACCAAGCAUACAGAAGCGAAGAAAACGUGCGGGCACUCUCGAGAGGAUAGACGCAGACCCAUAUCACCACCUGGCUGGCGGCUUUGGACCACAGACCCCGUUACAUAUACAGCGCGCCAUGGCUACACCAGUCACGCGUCGUAGUCCGGGUUCGCCAUUCUCAACUGAAUCCCGGGGACUGUGGGCCGAUAUCAAGUCUCUGCGAUGGGUAGUGGUCCCAUCGUCCUCGCUGAAGCUGUUACUUAUUGGAGCCCUCCUCUGGGCCAACUGGAAACUUCUCACUCCAUGGGUCGCACAAGAGCUCAAUAACCCCUUCGAACCUUUACUGUUUAUCUCGCACCGUAUCCCAGACUCACCCCCGGAAGAUCCAAGGUACCAGAAAGGCUACUUCGACCUCGUCUUCAUCGCGUACUACAUCAUUUUCUGGUCAUUUAUUCGCCAAUCGUUCACAAUCUACAUCGCCCGUCCCGCUGGGCGCUGGUUCGGUAUCAAGAAAAUGGUAAAGCUGGACAGAUUCGGCGAGCAGACGUACGCGGUGCUAUACUUUGGUGUCAUGGGUAGCUGGGGUCUGCGCAUCAUGUCACAGCUGCCUACAUGGUGGUACCGUACCGAGUACUUCUGGAUAGACUACCCUCACUGGGACAUGAAGCCGGAGCUAAAGUGCUACUACCUCAUGCAAGCUGCGUACUGGUGCCAGCAACUCCUUGUUCUCCUGCUCGGACUUGAGAAGCCCCGGAAAGAUUACAAGGAGCUCGUGGCGCACCACUAUGUCACGCUUUGGCUCAUUGGAUGGAGCUACCUGGUCAACCUGACGCGCAUUGGGAACGCCGUCUACCUUAGCAUGGACAUCCCUGACACCUUCCUGGGCCUGUCGAAGGUGAUGAACUACAUUCAGUACGAGAAGUCCAAGGUCUGUGUGUUUACGAUCCUAGUGGGUACUUGGACCUAUUUCCGGCAUUACCUGAAUAUCGUUAUGCUCUGGUCCGUUUGGACCCAGUUCGAUCUCAUGCCUGAGACGUCCAAGCGGUGGGAGGCCAAAGACGGCGUCUGGAUGGUCUGGUGGAUAAAAUACCAGAUUUUUGUGCCCAUCCUUCUCCUGCAAUUCCUGAACUUAUUCUGGUACUUUUUGAUCUUGCGGAUAGCAUACCGUGCAUUGAACGAUAUCGGGAUCUCGGACGACCGUUCUGACGACGAGGACGACGAAGACGACGAAGACGAGAAGAAUGAUUAGAUAGCAGACUCCGCGUUUGGUGCUCCGCGUUUGGUGCUCUUAGUCCGAGCGUAUGCAGCGACAUUGUCAAAGCUGGAAAAGUAGAUGAUACCCGCGAAGGUGUAGUUCAUGUGCCGAUAAUCUGUGUUUGACAGCGCAUCGACAAACCAAUUUCGAUGACUUUAUAUAUACUAGUGCUAUACACCAUUGAUCCAC